CGUAUAAACACACCAACUCACUCUUCCACCAUAUUUGAGUUCUUUUACUUCCUUGAGAUGGCCGAAAAUUCUCAAAGAAAUUCUAGGACAAUGUUUACUCCGAUUUCCGAGCUUGACAACAACCGUACAACUUGGAUUCUCAAGUUAAGGGCUAUUCGUGUCUACUUUGUUCCAAUGUGGGCGAGAGGCGGAGAUUCUAUGGAGAUCGUCUUUCACGAUGAGCAUGGAACGAGGAUUCAUACACAUCUCAACCGCCCGGAAAAAAAGAAGUUUGAAACCCAAAUCACCGAAGAUGGUGUUUAUGUCAUUCGAAAUGUUCAUGUUCACGACAACUAUCAAAACGUGAUUGGAAAGAUUGUUGCCCGAACUAAGGUUCAAACAACCAUUACUAGAGCCGGAGAACAAAAAUUCAUGGAAGUCACACUUGAGGAUCAUGAGGGAAAUCGAUUGGGAUGCACUCUAUGGGGAGAGUAUGUGGAUCGUUUUUUGGAUUGUUUGACCCAAAAUGCUCAAGAACCGGUGAUCAUGUUGUUGAGCUUUUGCAAACCACGUCGUUAUAUGGGUACUGUGACCGUCUCUUCUGCGUUUCAUGUUACGAAGAUGCUUUUCGAUGGUAACUCUCCAGAGGUCAACGAAUUCAGAGCAAGGUUGCCUCUACAAGUGGAUGACGUUGGAACAAUUGGAUGUAUCGUUCUAAGCGUUGAAGCUGAUGGGGAUGAAGGUGUUAUCAAGACUACCACGAUCAAAGCUCUCUUGGACACUACAGAGCCCGGUCCCUACUGGAUUGUUGGUAAGAUUGCUUCAAUAAAUGAUUCGGGCGACUGGAGCUAUUUAGGAUGCACCGACUGCAACAAAAAGGUCAUCCGUGAUGGUGAUAAGUUCAAGUGUUUGGGGUGCAACACUACCAUGCUGCAUGGAGUGUACAGGUAAGCAUCAUUUAUAAAUAAUUACUCCCUCCGUCCCCCUAUUUUUGUCCACAUUUGACUUUUGGAACUGUUCAUCUAAGCACUUUGACUCAUCAAAUUCUCUCAAUGUGUAAGCCUAAAUAUAGUCAUGUGUGAUCUUGUUUGAUUUGUCUUAACAUAUAGAUUAUUAAUAUAUAAUUUCUAUAAUUUUUUAAUAUACAAAUUACAAGAUAAAAUGAAUUAAAGAAGUGCAU